AUGUGCGAGCAAAAUCAAAUAUUCUCCUACGUUAGUAGUGACGUUAUUUCCGAUUUCACCCAGCAACUGGGCCAGAUGUACGAACGGCAUGCCGAGGAGUUGCAGAUGCUUGUUACCAACUUUCGAAAAAGGAACAGCGAGCUCAGGAAAGAAAGUUGCUGCAACAAACGAAAUGACGUAAUUGUCAUUGCCAAGCAUAUGAUAUACUGUAGUACGACAUGUCAAGGAAAAGGUGAAGAAGAAAUGGAGAAGGAUAACACUACCAAAGAAAUAAUAAGAGAAUUACAACAAGAGAUUAUAGAGAAGGAUAAAUAUAUUGCCUCUAUGAAAAAACGCUCAUUGGCUUUUGAGGAUGAUGUGAUUGAAAUUGAAAAAAAUUACAACGACGAGAUCCAGACUUACAAGCGUCAAAUACAAAAUAUAGAGCAACAACUAGCAUAUUUAUCCUCAAAAAACAGUACACUUCAGGAAUUGACAACCUCACUUCUGAUGGAAGAACCUCCAGUUGCGAAUGAUAUUAGGGCCACAAGUUUCCAAAUGAAGACAAACGAUAUGUGUAAAAGCCAGCCGAUAGAACAUGAAUUCGACGAACAUCAAACAGCGUCGACUUUUGCCCACUGUACAUCUAUCGUUUCCCCCAUACCCCAGUUAGACGGUGAAGUAGCAGCAGAAUCUGCAAGACAAACUCCAAAAGAAUUCGAUGAUGCACCAAUAAUCGAUAUAGUACCAUCAGGUGGAUCACCGAAACGUAAUGCCUCAGACAGCUGUCGGAAAAUCAUUAUAAUUGGUGACGAAUAUGCAAAAAGUUUCAGAAAAGUGUUAGAAUUAUACACCGACAUGACAAAGUUCUCCAUAAAAGCUCACGUUUAUCCCAAUUUAGAGUUUGUAGAUAUCACAAAAAACGUAUUUAACAUCACAAAAUCUCUUGGUGAGAACGAUUUUGUAAUCUUCAUGAUCAACUCUAACAAUAUAAGUAACACCCCAUCCUUAAACAAAGGUUUACAUUGCCUCUUACCUCUCGGUCGAGUAACCAAUCUUAUUUUUUUAUGCGAAUUGACCACAUCUGUCGACUAUCAUCUUAGAAAUAUAAUUAAUACUAAAGUCGAUAGACUCAGGAAACUAAAUAGAAACUAUUCUUUGAGCCUAUUCUAUGACAUCAGAGCUACGGGAUCAAAAAUGACAAUCAUCCAGCAUGUAAAGGAUAUUAUUUUUGAACAAUUAAAAAAUGUAUUGCCUUUGAAAACUGUACAAAUCAACAUCCCCGACAAGUCUGAAAAACAGUUUUUUCUUAAGCCAGCAUGUCCGAGUUCCUUGUUCCACGUAUGGGAAACGCUCCUGCAGGAAGUGGAGAUCGACUUCCAGGCGAUGGGUGAUAUUGCGUCCAUUUUGAGCCGGCAGGUGUCCAGGCCGCUGCUAGAGAGGUCCUUCCACAAGAAGAUACAGUCCAGGAAGGUGUUCACGCAUAGAGAGAGUUUCGAGACUAUCAUCGCCAAGACAGAGGAGAAACUGGCCAAAGUAAGUACAGAAAGGCACGCUCAACAACUUUGCAUACAUGAUUAUUAA